AUGUUCAAUGUGAGAAGAGCAUUCAGAGUCUCUGAUCUAGUCCUUUUCAUCAUCAAAAAAGCAGAAAGAGCUCUCCUGAGGGAAAGAAUCAACAUCACCAACCAGAGAAUAAUAGAGUUGAAAAAGGAUAAGAAUGUGCAGGCAGAGAAAGUGAAAGAAAGACUUAAAGAUGACAAAAACAUAUAUGACAUUACAUUUUACAUGGUGGACAAAGUGGGUGAAAAGGAAUUUCAGAGGUCCAAAAAGACACAAAUAAAUAAACUCAACAAGUUGACUAACAAACAUAUAGAAAAAUCAAACACUGUAACUGAAGUUGACCUAACAGGAACACAGCUGAAACAGUGGGUCAAGGUGUUAUCUAAUUAUCAACCUACUGAAGAUGAAAUGAAGCUAAUUGCUAAAGGGCUCAAUUAUGCUAUAGCACCAAGCAAAUUGCCUGUGAGAGAUGUCAUCAUACAGACUGAAGUGGCAUGUCAAAAAUUGAAUAUAGAACAAGCAGCUAAAUUGAGACAUGAAGUAGUAGGAACGUUGAGAUCCAGUAACCCACCCAAACCAAAUUUGACCAAAGGGGAAAGAAACGCCAUAAAGCCCCUCAAGAAUAAUAAGGACAUCAUUAUAAUACCAGCAGAUAAAGGGAAAGCAGUGGUUACCAUGGAUAGGAAUGAAUAUGAAGAAAAAUGCAACAACCUGUUGAAGGACGAAACAACAUACAAACAAUUAGCAAAAGACCCAACACAGAAGCUGAAAGCAAGACUUAUAAACAAGUUGAAGAACAUCAGAAAAGAGAAUAGGAUUGAUGAUGCCACAUACCAGAAGAUAUACCCUACAGCAGAAGUGACCCCCCGGUUCUACGCCACUCCAAAAAUACACAAAAAGGACAAUCCUGUCAGACCAAUAGUAUCCGGGAUAAACUCUAUAACAUAUGAAUUAGCAAAACACCUAGCAAAAUUAUUGAAGCCUCUAGUCGGAAAAACAAAUACCAUAUACAGAACUCACAACACCUCGUUAAGCUGCUGA